AUGGAGGAGGAAGACGCUGAGAAUGGACCGACGUCUGAGGCCACGACUGCGUCGGAUGGCAGUGCGGCAACUCCUGAUGCGUCUUUGAUAGAAGCUAAUGCGUCUGUAGAUUCUGCUAGACGUCGUGGAGAUUCGGAAUAUCCCAAGCAUCUCAAGCAUAUUAAUCACAAGUUGCUCCGUGCUUUGAAACCCGGCAAGCAACGUCAGGCGUAUUUAAAACGCUUUAGAAAAUGGCACGGCGUAAAGAGCCGCCCUAUUGCUGUGUCUUCCACUCCAGCGAUAAUUCAUCAGCCUUGGCUACCAGCUGAUUCCAAUACGCCCGUUACCAGGACCCAUCCGCCCACUACGAUAACAACCACCGAUCGUCCCAAACGCAAGGGAUGGUGGCCUAAAGGUGUAAGUACCAAGUCUUACUACACGCUAAAGCCAGGCAGAGAGCGUCAAGAGUUGAUGGACAACUACUGGAAGAAACAUGGACUUGAACCAAAACGUGCGCCGCAGAAGACGGUGCCGACGAAUUUCAUCUGGCCCAAGGGUAUGAAUCGCGAGGAAUUUCUUGCCAGGAAACCGGGUAAAGACCGUAUGGCAUACUUGGCCAGAUAUAUCAAGAAACACGGUGUUGAACUCGAAGAAACUGCUGCUUCUAUUCGAGUACCGUUGGGCCGCAAGCCGGAGCCUCUAUCGUAUCCUCGUUGCGGCUGCUCGAGUUCUGAAGCCUGUUCGUCCUGCAGCCGAUGCGUGGAGCUUCAUUGUAUCUGUGGAUCGACUGGACGUCGGCGUCGUGCGUUGUGUCAAGAGUCACGUGCCUGUAGUUGUACUUUGAUUGACCCUUUGAUGCGCUGCAGACUUUGUCAUGGCUGCCGACAGCCACAUGGUUUUAGCCACUGUCGCUGUGUCCUGCACCAGAGAUUUUUAUGGAUAAAGAGACACCCAGAACUUGACAUAGAGCUCACAAAGGAAGAAGAGAAGGCAGUAUGCAGCUGCUUUGUGCUUGCGCAUCGUCAUGGAGGAGCUGCUGCUACAAAGGAGAAGGAAGCAAAAGCGCUAAAGGAGAUUGAGCGUGUCCGGCGCAUAAAGCGAGCUUCAGGUUUUCCGACGAGUGAUAAUAUCUAUCGCAGCAAGAAGGUCACAACGUUUCUUGGCGAUGAAGGAUUGGAAAGUGACUAUGAUGAUGGAUUGGACGACGGGCCGGGCUCAGAAGUACUCUUUCCCAACAUUAAAAGUGUCAUUCCGCGCACGAUGACCGCGAGAAUGGUUGAUGCUGAACACCGUCCGGCCUCGUAUCACGAUUUAUUUCGGUCGGAAGGCUGCACGCUACUAGAGGGCAUCGAGCCUCGAAAUGGACGAGCUAGAUGCCGUCCAUCACCUGCUGCGUUCAUCAGUGAGGCAAUGCAAGAUGAGAUCUGCCGCGGACUGGAGAAUUAUGUGUUUGAACAUGACCGAAACGCUGCGAUGCCACCUGACGAUCUGGUAGAUUAUCUAGUGUAUGUGGCAAGCAUCAAGACAUCAAAUAUAAGGGAGCUGAUUGGAACGUUUGAAGACUCAGCUGCAAUUGCCACGGGCAUUGUUAUUGAAGAGUAUAUGACACAGCUGGUCGAAGACUACGCAUUAGAGCAACAUGCAGUAUGUCUUCCAACAAAAGCGAAUGUGCAAGCAUUUACGCGUGAAAUGCUUGUUGGCUUCAACUGGCAGCUUUUCCAGCAUCAACACCCGUAUUCAUGCUCCGAAACGGUGGACACCGUUACAGCGUUGCUAGACAAGGAGGCAGUACUCAAGGACAAGCUAGCAAGAUUGAUUCUCCCCGAAUUCGUUUCGCUGCAACCACGAGGUUUUGAUGUGAAGCAUCACAGCGACAAUUUGUCCAAAUGGAUUCAGAGUGCUGUGGUUAUUCCUCCUGCCGUGUUGACGAGUGAAACGAGGUGGCAGUCAAAUUCCAGAAUGGCGCGCGACCUGCAAAGCGUGAAAGUUGACAGUGAACCAGAGAAUGGCCAAGAGAAUGUGAAUGAAGCAAACGUGAUACCUCAGAUUCGUAUGUCAGUAAAAGCGAACGCUGUACACGGCAAUCCAUCGUAUAGCCUUCGAUUUGCAACAACGUUAGAGGAUGGACACCAUGUGGAGACAUGUGUCGGUGGAUUAGACAGCAAAGUUCGAGCAAAUGCGAUGAUCUCACAGCUGAAAAAAGUUGUGCAGCGUCAAGAUGAAAGAAGUAGAGGCACACUAACAGAUCCACCACCGGUUCCUGGACCACCUCCUGUCCUUCAUCCUCCACCCUCAAUGGAUCAAGAGGAUCCAUAUGCCAGUAUGUUUGAGCAUGUGUGGAAGCAUUUCAAUGACUAUGCAAUGCGAAAGUGGCAGACAUCUGCUGAUAUGUAUCAUACUGCAACAUUAGAAGACCAAGACAAGUGUGUUUCUAACCAAGAAUCCACAGGAAAACCACACCGGAGUAAGUGGCCAUUGCGUCAGCAUUCGAGACUUUUUGAAACGUAG